AAAACCCGCUGGGAGCGAGGCGGCGGAGCACUGUAGGCUGGCUGGUGGCAUGGCAGACGAGGAGGAAGACCCUACUUUUGAAGAAGAAAAUGAAGAAAUUGGAGGAGGUGCAGAAGGCGGACAGGGUAAAAGGAAGAGACUUUUUUCUAAAGAAUUGCGAUGUAUGAUGUAUGGGUUUGGGGAUGACCAGAAUCCUUAUACUGAGUCAGUGGAUAUUCUUGAAGACCUUGUCAUAGAGUUUAUCACUGAAAUGACUCACAAGGCAAUGUCAAUUGGAAGACAAGGUCGGGUACAAGUUGAAGAUAUCGUCUUCUUGAUUCGAAAGGACCCAAGGAAGUUUGCUAGGGUUAAAGACUUGCUUACUAUGAAUGAAGAAUUGAAACGAGCUAGAAAAGCAUUUGAUGAAGCAAACUAUGGAUCUUGACACCUUCUGUACUUUCUGAAGCUUCAUUAUCUUCUGGGGAAACCAUAUAUCAUAACUGUAUAUUUUCCACAUUGGGGUCCCACUAUCUAGUCAUGUAUAUGCAAGAUGGAGAAACAAAGUCUUCAGCUUUUAUUUUCAUGUCUUCGAUUUUAGAGUGAUAUUUGAGCCUUGAAUUGCCUGCCCUUAUAUGACUAUACUUGAAUUACUUACUGGGUUUUAAUGACCACAUGUAUGUUGAAGUACCUUGCAAACUAUGCGGUUCCUUCUGACUUUUGACUGUCUAAGUGAUGAAGUAGUAUUUAUGUUUUGGGUGUAUUUGUGCCAGUGUACGCUAUACCAUAGCUGUUUAAUAUAUGAAAUCUAUAGGGCACCUUCGACUAUGAUUGCUAAGACAUGUUUCAUGUAUUCUAAAGUUUUUAGACUACGGUAGUCUAAGAGAUUAUUAAAAGAUAGUGAACUGGUUUGCUUUUUUUUUUUUAAGGAGAAGAUGAUACAAGAAAAUAAUAGUCUUUUGUAGGAAUGUUUAAGAUAUUUGUUUUAAUAUUCUUUAGAUUACAAGAAUGAUUAUUUUUUUAAACUAAAAGUUUCAUGUGAAUUCUUCCGUAUUGGAAGGCUUUUGAUUUUAAACCUUUUGGGCUUAUAAUGUACUAGUUGCCAAGUUUUAAGAGAACUAAUUUUCCCAGGUCAGAUUAAAGCUUCUAAAAAUAAAUGCUUUCAGUAGUAGGAAUGGUAUUGCUUAAAAAGCUGAUGGCAGGAUAAGCAUUUGGGAUAGUGUUUUAUUAAUGUAUUUGUUAGUACUUGUUCGUUGUGGAAAUGUGUACUUGACUAAAACCAUAUAUGGCUAUGCACACCACUUUUGUAGUUCAGGAUUUACAAGUUUUGUGUGUGUUUAGCUUAUUAAAUUAUUGCACUUAGUUUAAAAUAAGGAUUAAAACUGCAUUUAAAGGGAUCACUGAAUAUUACUCUUUGUGAAACAGUGUUUUGUGUGCUGCUUAUAAACAUUAUCUAUAAAUCAGCAUGUAGGAGAAUUUCACUUUCUUAAUCUGUUGAUAAAAGGAAUAAAGUAAAAAAUUAAUAA